AUGAGUGUUAAGGUUGCUGUAAGAGUCAGACCCUAUAACUAGCGUGAGGAAGAAAGAGGUUCUUAGUGCUGUAUUGAUAUGGAUGGGCCAACUACUAUAAUUAACGAUGCUGUUGAGGGCUAAAAAACAUUUACUUUUGAUUACAGUUUUUGGUCACAUGAUGGAUUCGUAAUGAAUGCUGAAGGUUAUGCUGUACCGAAGAAGGGAGAGAGAUAUGCUGACUAGAUGAAAGUGUAUAAUGCACUAGGUAAACAAGUCCUUGAUAAUGCUUGGGAGGGCUAUCAUUGUUGCUUGUUUGCUUAUGGCCAAACAGGUAGUGGUAAAUCAUACUCUAUGAUUGGUUAUGGAGCUAACAAAGGUAUUGUUCCUAUAGCUUGCAAUGAAAUCUUUACUAGAGUCAAUAAACUAAAGAGUCCAAAUAUGAGUUUUGAAGUUAGUUUUUCAAUUGUAGAAAUUUACAAUGAAAAAGUAUAAGACUUGAUGGUCUUACCACAAUUUAGACCUACGGGUGGGUUAAAAGUUAGAGAACACAAGACUCUUGGAGUGUACGUUUAAGAUCUUAGUAAGCAUCCAGUCGACUCUUAUGAAGCUAUUGAGGCAAAGAUGGAUGAAGGCUAUAGAAAUAGAUCUAUAGGUUCAACUCUCAUGAAUGCUACAUCUAGUAGAGCCCAUACAAUUAUUACAAUCGAAUUCAAAUAGAUUGGGAUCCAAGAUGGCAGAAAGAAUGAGAAAUUUUCAGUCAUUAAUUUGGUUGAUUUGGCUGGUUCUGAAAAAGCUGGCCAAACUGGAGCUACCGGUGAUAGAUUAAAGGAAGGUUGUGCUAUUAACAAAAGUUUGACUGUACUCGGUUAGUGUAUCAGUAUCUUGGCGGAUAAAGCACUUGGUAAAGAAAAGAAGACAGUAGUACCCUACAGAGACUCAGCUUUAACUAGAAUCCUUUAAAAUGCCUUAGGAGGAAACUCUAAAACUAUUAUGAUAUGUGCCUUAUCACCUGCAUCCAUUAAUUAUGAAGAAACUUUGAGUACUUUGAGAUAUGCUGAUAGAGCUAAAAAGAUUCAAAACAAGGCAAUGGUAAAUGAAAGUCCCCAGGAGAGAUUGAUCAGGGAACUUAGAGAAGAGAAUGAAAAGCUUAAGUAGAUAUUGCUAAAAGCUGCAAGUGGAGGUGGCACUAUUAAUUUAAGAGAUCUUGGACUCGGUGACUUAAACGAACUUGUUGAGACAAUGGAGCAAAACACUAAAGCUGUUGAGGAGAUGGAAAAGCCAUGGGAACAAAAACUCCUUGAGGAAAGAGAGAGAACUAAAUAAUAGCAUGAAAAUUAUGAGCACAUCAUGGCAAAAGAGGAUAGAACUGUGCCUCAUCUAACUAAUCUUAAUGAAGAUCCUUAACUUACAGGAAAGGUCUACUACAGUUUGAUUGACUGUCCUGUUUAUGUGGGUAGAAAAACUGGAAACCCAACACCUUAGAUUAUUCUAGGAGGAGUUGGAAUCAGGCCAAACCAUGCUUAUUUCUAAGAAAAAGAUGAUGGCUUUAUCUAUCUUAAAGCAGCUGAGGAAGAAGCACUUGAAUACAUCUAGAUUAAUGGUGAAAAGAUGAUUGAAGAUCCAAACACUGGUAUCACUGAGUAAAGGCUGUUCCAUAUGGAUAGAAUUCUAUUCGGCUCAAACACUAUCUUAGUCUUCAAAUACCCUCAAAUGAGCAGAAAGCUUAAGCAAAUUAGAGCGCAGGUCUUAAGAGAGAAUUAAUCACUGACUGAAGAGCAGAUUGAGUAGUUCGCAAAGAGAGUGCUUACUGAAGAUGGAGUGUUCAAAUUCAACUCUUCUAAGUACACUAACGAGGAAGAGGAAACUAUUGCAAGAUAAAAACUAAUGAGAGUAGAUGACUACACUGAAGAAGAAAUUUAGGAAGACAUUAAUAUGGUUGACUGGGACUAUGCAUACAGUGAAAUAUUGAAGAUUGAGGAGAGAAAAAUCAGCAAGUUCACGAAAGAGGCUGACAAGAGAGUGCAAUAGGAAAAGCAGAGACUUGAAGAGGAGCUAAGAAUCAGAUUCGAAGAGGAGUAGCAGAAAAACAUGUAAAGUCUUCAGUAAAAGAUGGAGGAAUAGCAAAAGAAGUCUGAAGAGCUUAAAAGAUAAAUGGAGGAACUUGAGAACAGCAAGUCAGCAGGGUAUGUAACAAGUAAUGAUGGCGCCUAUGUGAGUGAGGAGGCAAAUCGUGAAAAAGAGUAAAUGCAGUAGCAAAUAUAAUUAAUGCAAGAAAACAACAAACAGCUCAUGGAGGAAUACAUGAAGUCACAAUAAGAAGCUCUUUUACUUCAUCAGGAAAAGAUCUAAAUGGAGGAGAAAGCCAAAAAGGAGAGAAUAGAAUUAGAGAAAAAGGCAAGAAUAGACUAACAAAAGAAUGAGAUCAAGUAAUAGUUCAAGCAGAAAAUCAAGGAGAUUGAAAGAAAGAUUGUAGAAGCUAAUGAGUGCGCAAAGAUCAUGAAGAAAAACAUUUCAUUCAGCUACCAGUUAGUCAGUCAAAUCUCAGAUAGCAUUGCUUCGUUUGAAGAUGAUACCAAGACAAAGAAAGAUGAGAUUCAAAUACAAGUGCUUAACUUUGACAACGACUCAGUUCUGAUAUGGAGCACUAAAAAGUUCUUUGACAAGUUGGAGAUGAUGAAAGACAUGAUCAACUCAUAUUAAGAUGGUGGAAGCACCUAGGAUAUGGACCCAGAGGAAGAUCCAUUUAUGGAUCCAAUUGAGCCUUUGCUACUUGGGCAAGUUUAUUUCAAAUUAGAACCCCUUGCAUACUUGAUUGAUAAUCCCUCAGAAAUUUCAAUUAUAGGGUAAAAUCUACAAGUGAUGGGGAAACUAGAGGUCAAUAUCAUUCCUGUUGACUAAGAUGGGGAAUCAGAGGUGCCUGAGGAGCUUAUUCCUGAGGAGCCAGAAGAGUUGAUAGGCUAGAGAAUUGAUUUCCUAGUUGAGAUCAAGCAAGCCACUAAACUUCCUAAGAAUUUCUGUAGAGAUGUGUUCUGUGAGUACAAGUUCUACUUAGGAGAGGAGAAAUACUCAACCACAAAGAUUCUUGGCAGAGAUCAAAAUCCUCAGUUUGAGUACAGAUAUCACCACACUAUCGAGUACUGCAGCAAGAACUUCAUUGAGCAUUUAAUGAAGGACUCACUAUGUAUUAAAUUGUACGGAUUUCCUGAUCUUGAUCCUAAGGAUGCAAAAGCCAUAGAUCAAAAGGCAUCUGAGAGAAAGCCAAAGAAGUCAAACGUAAACAUCAGCUAAAACAGAUCAGGUUACUCAACUUAGGAAAACACCUUCAAUGACGACAGUUAUUCCUCUGAUUAGUCAAGACAGAAACAGGAAUUGCAAAGAAGAUAAUAUGAGCAGCAAUAACUUCAAAGCCAACAGCAGCAAUAGUAGAGACAAAAGUAUUAGUAAGAGGAUCUCAGAAGAUACCAAGAGCAAAUGCUGGAAGGUAAAAUGAGGAAAACAGGCUAGAAAGGUGGUGAAAAGGAUAAAGAUUGUACUAUCUUUUGA